AUGGUUGCCCGCGAGAUGAUAUCCCUUCCAUCCGGCGUCUCCUCCGCCUCCGAACUUGAGCCCCUCCUCAUCAUCGCCUCCCUCUCCCCCGAUGGCCCGCGCACACCCUUCUCCCCCGUCCACCAAGCUAUAAAGUCCGGUUCCUCCAUCUCUUCCCUUCUCUCCUCCUCCCCACCCUUCGACCUCAACCAGCGCGACUUCCUCGGCCGCACGCCCCUCAUCCAUGCCAGCCGCAUCAACAACUUCCCCGCCGUCCAGCUCCUCCUCCGCGCCGGCGCGGGCGCCGGCGCCAAGUUAAUAGACGCCCGCGACUCGCUCGGCCAGACCGCGCUCCUCGCGGCCCUCGUCGGCGGGCACAUCCGUAUCGCCCUCGCCCUCCUCAAUGCAGGCUGCGCCGUGCGCGUUGCCAACGACGUGGGUCGUACCCCGCUGCACGCCAUCUUCCGCACGUGGGACUCCUGGAAUCCGCACCCCGACUCGGCGGAGGUGCUAGCACGGUUGGUGCAGGGAGGGGACGUGUGCGCGCGCAGCAGCUACGGGUACACACCACUGCAUUAUCUUGUAUGGCGGGCGCGCACCCCUGUGCCUUUGGUGACGAGUGUGCUGAGGAUGGUUUUGGAUGCGGGGGCAGACGUGGAUACGAAGGACAAGGCGUUGGGAGCGCCGGCGGUGUUGUAUGCAGUGCGAGCGAGGAGUAGUGCCGUGUUGAGGAUCUUGCUGGAGAGGGGCGCGAGGUUAACCUUUGUGGAUCAGAGCGGUGCGAAUAUACUUGGGGAGCUGGCCACGUCGGCGGAUUUGGAGGGGUUGAAGAUUAUAGAGGACGCGAGGAUGUCGGGUGUCAAUGUUUUUCUUGCGGAUGCAAAACAACAUACGCCACUGGGCAAGUGGCGGAAGCGCGUUCGCCUAAGGAAGCUGGAGGAUACGACGAUCUCAAUUCGCGAGGAAACGGCCGCUUUCGAGUUGCUAGUGAGGGAUAUACGAGAUCGACAGUUGCAAGAGGACAUUGACCACCUAGGGGAGAUUCUUAGAGGCAUAGAAACGACAAACUUGUCUCAGGCGCAUAAGAGUCUUUCCCAACUUAUUCAGAAAAAGACCGAAAUUACGCUUAUACAGGAUAUCGAGACUUUGAGAGCCCUGCGUAUACAGUUGAAGGAGGGUAUGUGGGAAGCGGCGAGAGAGACUGUACACGAGAUCGUCGAAAUAUGCAGAGAUCGGUCGAAAAGAUCGCCGUGGGCGGAAGACCAGUAUCACUGGCGGGAGCUGCAGGUCAGUGAGUGGGUUGACACAGCUGGUACGGGAGGGACUACGUAA